CAGCUUGAUGACGAUGUAGGGAGCACCGGGAGGAGAGGGGAGUUUGACGGGCUAGUUCUCCUCCUCAUAUGGCAGCAGUGUCGGUGAAAUGUCCGGUAGUGUGUCUGCUGCUGCUGUGGUUCCGCGUGCGGCUGAUGAACACCGAAAACUCCCGAGUCUCGAUGGAAGAUGACCUCCUGCUGCCGUACACCAACGGUCAUGGCCCCUCCCACUCUCACAGAUACGUCAGGGACUGUCAGCCUGUCGCCCACGGUAACACCACCCACGAGAGCUGGCCUUCCAGUAAACACAGCGGGCUGCCGGUGGCAGAGUCCACCAUGUUUGUGUCCAAAAUGGCAGGAAUCCACAGAUGGGUUUACGGACACAUGACAGUGGUCCACGACCCUCUGAGGACCGUGUCGGUGUUGGAGCCGGGCGGUCCGGGUGGCUGUGGGAUGAAUCAUAGAGCCACCGUGGAGGAAACGGCCCGGGCUGCCGGAUGUUUGUAUGCUCAGAAUGGCGGUUUCUUCAACACCAAAACAAGCGCGUGUUUAGGAAACAUUGUGAGCGACGGCACGCUGGUGCAGGACAGCGGUGGGAUCCAGAAUGCUCAGUUUGGGAUCAGGAAGGAUGGCACCCUUGUGUUUGGGUAUCUUUCCCAGGAAGAUGUUUUGAACCAGUCCAACCCGUUUGUUCAGCUCAUCAGCGGCGUGGUGUGGCUGCUAAGGAACGGGGAGGUUUACAUCAGCCAGAGUCUGGUGGCCGAGUGUGACAAAACACAAGAAACAGGAGUUUUCCAGACUUUUGUAGACGUAACGUCGGCCAGGACGGCGGUGGGCCACGACUCUGAGGGCAGAUUGAUCCUGUUUCAAAUCGACGGCCAGACCGGAGAACGAGGAAUGAAUCUUUGGGAGCUUGCAGAUACUCUUAAAGAGUAUGGGAUCAUUAACGCCAUCAAUCUGGACGGAGGUGGGUCCUCUACCUAUGUGGUUGAUGGGACAUUAGCCAGCUACCCGUCUGAUGAGUGUAAACCAGACAGGAGGUGGCGCUGUGGUCGCCCCAUCUCCACCAUCCUCUGCGUUCAUCUGCCGCGCUGCAAACCAGCAAACUGCAGCGGAAACGGAGAGUGCGUGAAUGGACACUGUAAGUGUCGGGACGGCUGGCAGGGGGACGGCUGUGACUCUUUGGUGUGUCAGCCAGCGGAGUGUGAACCACACGGCGUCUGCACGGCCGGUGGUUGUGUCUGUGAUGCUGGAUGGAGAGGAAAGAACUGCAGUCAAGUGUGCCUACCUGGUUUCUAUGGCGACAGCUGCAAUCAAACCUGCGCCUGUAUUAACGGCGGCUCCUGUGACGCUGUCCAUGGACACUGCACCUGCCCCUCUGGUUUUCACGGCGACACCUGUGAACAAGUGUGUCCUCUGGGGUUCUUCGGUCCAUCCUGCACUCAGGAGUGUCGCUGUGAAAAUCAGUGUCCAUGUGACCCUCAGACAGGAAGCUGUAACACAACACUUCCAGAGGAGACCAACAACACCUUACACACAGCGGGUCACUGUCUAGCCAAACAGAUGUUUACUUCAUGGAGGAGAGAUGAAGAAGCUCACAGGGAGCGGCCUCAUCUGACAGAACGUACGUGGCUCAUCAUCACCAUCACUCUGGCCUCUCUGCUGUCAGCCAGCCUGACGCUUCACCUUGUCCGAGCGUGCCGAGGAUCAGCGGCGGCGGCAGCUCACUUCUCUGAGUGGCGAGAUUACUCCUUAGUCCCUCUGACGGAGAUCAACGGAGCCGCUGUGGAUGAAGAAGACGAUGUAAAAACAAACACGGGAGCCUUUAUAUUAGACGACUCGGACUCUCAGGAAGAAAUCUGGUCACCGCAGAGGUCGUAGCUGCGAGGAGACGGUCUGUUACCACACAAGGAGAAAUGACUGAAACAUCUUUGCUUCAGCUCGUCUGCAGAUUUCUACUGAAAAGAAGAGCCAAGCACAUCUUUUUAACUCCACUGAUAUCAAACUACCUUCCAGAUGUUUCCAUUAGUGUCUGUCUGCUGGUUUGGAUGUUUUUCUACAGCUGAGGUCUGUGAAUGUGGAGAUAGGAAAGAGGAUAUGUAAGCAUCUGUUUGAAUCAUGAUAAGUAUAUUUUUACCACCAACAUCAAUCAGUCAGAUCACAGCACUGAAGCAGUGCUAUCCUUAUAUGGAUAAAAGCACACUGUUAAAAAAAAGUGUAAUAUAAAUGAUUAUAUCCACUUUAAUGAUGAUGUUACAGAUAGUAGAAAGACAUUUAUGACAUAUCCACAUCUCCACUGGUUCUCCAGGAUGUCAAAGGAUCUCUAAGAGUAAGCCUUCACUUCAUUUUAGUUUUUUAUUUGGUAUCUAAGUGGCUCAUCAGUACAGAAAUUUGGACUUAUUGUUGUAGACAUGCUGUUAUGGCUAUAACAUCAUCUUUAGAGGUCGCUUUGAGAAGAGCAAAGUUUAAAAAAACAUCAAACUUUACCUGACAGCACCUCUAACUAGAAGUCCCCUUUCUGUUAACCCAGAGAGUGUCCUGAGUCAGGGUCUAGGGAGGGUGAUGGGUUCACUUUGUUGCCACGUAUACGUUUGAUUUUUGGUCUCUCUGUGAGGAGGCUCUGCUCUCUAAACAAACUGUCUGCGAGGUUUUUAUCUCACUGGUUCUGGUUAUUUUUUAGAUGAUUGUCAGAACACACUGAGCACCAUGUCUGAAUGUUAAAUGACUGUAGGGUUAAUGUGUUUGCAUCAUGUGCCAACUCCGAUAAAAAUGAAAUAAACAAGCACAAGUUCGUACUGUCA